GUUGGGAAAACCUGUCUGUGGGAUCUUGUGUCAUCUCUCCCUACAUGUGUACAGGAAAAGUCCGCGCUGCUCCUGCUGACGGUUCCUCUCUCUCUCUCUCUCUCCCUCUCUCUCUCCUCUCUCUCUCUCUCCCCUCCUCUCUCUCUCUCUUUCUCUGUUUCCCUUUCAUUCUGCUUCCCCGGAGCCGAAUGAAGCAGGGAGCAGGAUUAGAGUCGGCCACCGGCUAUCAGAGGAACAUAGAUAAAAGGAACUGCUUCUUAAGCACCACCACUGCCGCAGCCCUUGUUAAUUUUUUUUUUUUUUCCUCUCUCUUUCCACACAACAGUUGUGCCUCAUUAUCCGGUGCCUGGCUCGAUUUUUUUUUCUUUUUUCUUUUUUUUUUUUUUUGAGGGUUUGAAGUUUCUGUGCUUCAGUGACUGUUACAGAAGAAGAGGUGUUAGUGUUGCCAUGAGGUCUUGAUUGUCUGCAUUUAUGAAUGAAACUGACCUAAAUCACCUGUUACCUCCAGUUUCCAGAUUGUUUGAACUUCUCUGGCCGCACAAUACAGGAAGGAAGACUGAAGCAGCACAGAGACCUACAGCGUCUGCAGCAUGGGCUGGUUCACUGGGAUUGUCUGUCUUUUCUGGGGAGUAUUACUUACAGCAAGAGCAAACUAUCAAAAUGGGAAGAACAAUGUGCCAAGGCUGAAAUUAUCCUACAAAGAAAUGUUGGAAUCCAACAAUGUGAUCACUUUCAAUGGCUUGGCCAACAGCUCCAGUUAUCAUACCUUCCUUUUGGAUGAGGAACGGAGUAGGCUGUAUGUUGGAGCAAAGGAUCACAUAUUUUCAUUCAACCUGGUUAAUAUCAAGGAUUUUCAAAAGAUUGUGUGGCCAGUAUCUUAUACCCGAAGAGAUGAAUGCAAGUGGGCUGGGAAAGACAUCCUGAAAGAAUGUGCUAAUUUCAUCAAGGUCCUUAAGGCUUAUAAUCAGACUCACUUAUAUGCCUGUGGAACGGGGGCUUUUCAUCCAAUUUGCACCUAUAUUGAAAUUGGACAUCAUCCUGAGGACAACAUUUUUAAACUGGAGGACUCACAUUUUGAAAAUGGCCGUGGGAAGAGUCCUUAUGACCCUAAGCUGCUGACAGCAUCUCUUUUAAUAGAUGGAGAAUUAUACUCUGGCACAGCAGCUGACUUCAUGGGGCGAGACUUUGCUAUAUUCCGGACUCUGGGGCACCACCACCCAAUCAGGACAGAGCAGCAUGAUUCCAGAUGGCUCAAUGAUCCAAGGUUCAUCAGUGCUCACCUCAUCCCAGAGAGUGACAACCCUGAAGAUGACAAAGUAUAUUUUUUCUUCCGUGAAAAUGCAAUAGAUGGAGAACAUUCUGGAAAAGCCACCCAUGCUAGAAUAGGUCAGAUAUGCAAGAAUGACUUUGGAGGACACAGAAGUCUGGUGAAUAAAUGGACAACAUUCCUUAAGGCUCGUCUGAUUUGCUCAGUGCCAGGCCCAAAUGGCAUAGACACCCAUUUUGAUGAACUGCAGGAUGUAUUCCUAAUGAACUCUAAAGAUCCUAAAAACCCAAUUGUAUAUGGAGUGUUUACAACAUCCAGUAACAUCUUCAAGGGAUCAGCAGUAUGUAUGUACAGCAUGAGCGAUGUGAGAAGGGUGUUCCUUGGUCCAUAUGCUCACAGGGAUGGUCCCAACUACCAAUGGGUGCCCUAUCAAGGAAGAGUUCCCUACCCACGGCCAGGAACUUGUCCCAGUAAAACAUUUGGUGGGUUUGACUCUACAAAGGACCUUCCUGAUGAUGUUAUAACCUUCGCACGAAGUCAUCCAGCCAUGUACAAUCCAGUGUUUCCUAUUAAUAACCGUCCAAUAAUGAUCAAGACAGAUGUAAAUUACCAGUUUACACAAAUUGUAGUAGAUAGAGUGGAUGCAGAAGAUGGCCAGUAUGAUGUCAUGUUUAUUGGAACAGAUGUUGGGACCGUUCUUAAAGUAGUCUCAAUUCCUAAGGAGACUUGGCAUGAUUUAGAAGAAGUUCUGCUGGAAGAAAUGACAGUUUUUCGGGAACCAACUACUAUUUCAGCAAUGGAGCUUUCCACUAAGCAGCAACAGCUAUAUGUUGGUUCCACUGCUGGGGUGGCCCAACUCCCUCUGCACCGAUGUGAUAUUUAUGGGAAAGCUUGUGCAGAGUGCUGCCUGGCUCGAGACCCGUACUGUGCCUGGGAUGGUUCCUCAUGCUCUCGAUAUUUUCCUACUGCAAAGAGACGCACAAGACGACAAGAUAUAAGAAAUGGAGACCCACUGACUCACUGUUCAGACUUACAACACCAUGAUAAUCAUCAUGUCCACAGUCUUGAAGAGAGAAUCAUUUAUGGAGUAGAAAAUAGUAGCACAUUUUUGGAAUGCAGUCCAAAGUCACAGCGAGCACUGGUUUAUUGGCAAUUCCAAAGACGAAAUGAAGAGCGAAAAGAAGAGAUCAGGGUGGAUGAUCAUAUCAUCAGGACAGAACAAGGACUUCUGCUCCGUAGUCUACAGAGGAAGGAUUCUGGAAAUUACCUGUGUCAUGCUGUGGAGCAUGGAUUCAUGCAAACUCUCCUUAAAGUGACCCUAGAAGUCAUUGACACAGAGCAUCUAGAAGAACUUCUUCAUAAGGAUGAUGAUGGAGAUGGCUCCAAGACCAAAGAAAUGUCCAACAGCAUGACACCUAGCCAGAAGGUGUGGUACAGAGACUUUAUGCAGCUCAUCAACCACCCCAACCUGAACACAAUGGAUGAAUUCUGUGAACAAGUUUGGAAAAGGGACCGAAAACAACGUCGGCAAAGGCCAGGACAUACUCAAGGGAAUAGUAAUAAAUGGAAGCACUUACAAGAAAAUAAGAAAGGUAGAAAUAGGAGGACCCACGAAUUUGAGAGGGCACCCAGGAGUGUCUGAGCUGCAUUACCUCUAAAAACCUCAAGUAGAACCUUGCCUAGACAAUAACUGGAAAAAAAAUGCAAUAUACAUGAACUUUUUUCAUGGCAUUAUGUGGAUGUUUACAAUGGUGGGAAAUUCAACUGAGUUCCACCAAUUAUAAAUUAAGUCCAUGAAUAACUUUCCUAACAGGCUUUCUUCCUAAUACCAACACCUAACAGAGAUCACAGGUGAGCACAGAUGUUCACUUUAGCAGACUUUAUGUUUCCUAUGAGAUUUCAUUGUACAGGUUUCGCUUUCUUCCUUGCCUGAGAAAUAAAAACGUCAUUUGCCAUAUUGCCAUCUAAAGGAGAAAAACUGCAUCAGCAAAGCCAUUUGAUUGAACUGAAAGUUUAAAAUAAACUGCAUGGAUUUACUAAGCUGAUGAAUAUUCCAAAAUGUGGUUGGAUUCAAGGAUACUUUUUGUCUACCAGCACUCGUGUUUGUAUGUACUGGAGGAGUGAAAUAAGUAAAAUGAUACUGAAUGAAAUGUUCUGUGGAAAUAUAAAAAACAUAAGCCAUCCAUCAUCCAGAAGCAAAAUGGAAUACACUGAUCUACUACUGAUGUCUUCUUUCAGCUUUGAUCUAAAGAUGUAUUUUAUUAAAACUAUAAUUUAAAUGUACCAUGACAAAUAUGCAGUAAAAAUUAGCUGUUUUCUAAGCUAGAGUAGGUUUUUGUCUUACAAUUAUUAUGCUAUAUAGUUUGUUUUAAAAAUUCCAUUUGUGUGCUGCUUGUUUUUUUUUUUUUAACAUUUUGUUUUCAGUUCUAGGAGGGAUAGCUGAUGUUACUCUAGAAACAUAUAUAUCAUUAACUGUUAAUGUCCAAAACAGGAUGUAAAUUAUGCCUUAUUUCUCAGAGGAAAUCAAACAAAUGGAAGCUAUUGACACCUCCUCUUUUAAAGUAUUAUUUAAAUUAAUUCUAACUUGCAUAAUGUUCUACAAAAAACAGAGCAUUUAACCAGCCAAAACAAAGGGAAAAAAAACAACUUGAUUUGUUAAAUGCAUUUUAUUAUAUCUAAAGGAUCAACGAGGAGAAAAAUGAACUGUACAGCUCAUGAAAAUAAGCUUUUUCUUAAUAUAGUGUUAAUAGAAAAUGCUCUUAAUUAUGUGCUUGAAUCUCAGCAUGAUAUUUUAGACAUAAAAUUUCUCUCAUGAUUCCACUAAGAAUUGUAUAAGCCACUUAAUGAUUCAUGAAAAGAGAGACCAAUAGUAUCCAGAAUAACUUUCUAAAGACAAAUUCCCAACUGUUUUGGUCUAAAUCAGCUGUCUCUUAUCUCACUUUUUUAAAAUACAAUUAUCUGUAUGAAGAAUACAUCAUUCUUCUCAGGUCAAUGGGAAUGACUUAAACUAUUUUCCAGAAUACACCCACACUUAAGAAAAUGUGAAACUCUUUGUUUCCUCACAAAAUAAGGCAAACGAUUUUUAAUUAAGGAUUUGCCUACUUUGUUGUCCCAAGAUGAUUCCUUGAGAAUCAUGGACUUCAAUAUGCCUAAGACUUUCAGCAUUAUAACACUGUUCUUUUAGCACCUCACUCCCCUAGGUCCUUGUCACACACAAAAAUGUAAAGGAAGAAAAUAUCUUACUACUAAUUAAUGAAGUGACAUUGAAGUUUUAACUCCAGUUGUCUUGGGAUUCUAAUUAACAGCACUAAUUUCUCACCUCAGACUGCAGUGCAUUGUUACUCCCCAUCAGCUGAAAUAUUUCCCAGAUGGAAGCUCAUGUUUCAGUUUUAAUGAUUAUUUGAAUAAAUAAUUUGUUGACACUUGUUCAAAUAAAAGCCUAAAAGUAUUCUACAUCCAAUUUUAGGCUCCAUUGACUAAUAUGGUGUUGCUUUUGGAUGUGCAUCCUCAAAUGGAUUGUUAAACCAUUUGAAGAAUACACUCCUGUACAGGAAAAAAGUGUUUGAAAUAUAAGUCAAGGAACAAAGAGUGCUCCAAAAUAGGUCAUAUUUUGGUAGAGUAACUUAAAGGUACUAAAAUUCAGUUGUAUCAUUUUGUUCUAAAUUUGCAGCUGAAACAAAUUUAUUCACAAUAACAAAAGUAUCUUAUUUCUUCUUAGUGUUUAAAAAUAGAGGAUUUGAAGGGAUGGAUAUUGUAUGGUAACUUAUGGAUGCCUUCCAAAACCUGAAUGCAUUCUGGUUAGCAUUAUGAAAUAUCAAUAGAAAAAAGUCUAGAUUUCAAUUAAAAGCAUCAAAAGAAAAAAAUCUACUGGCAUGACUUUAUAAACCAUCAGAUCUAAAUUUUUGAAAAAAAAAUUAUAUGUAUAACUUGCAGAUAAUUAACUCAUUACAGUCAUCAUUUUCUGCUGAUAUGUAUUGAGAAGGGGCAGUUUGCACGAAGUAGAAUUAAUGUCCCAUUUAAUAAUUCAGCUUUAAUAGACUUUGGCAUAUGCAUGUAUCAUCAGAGAUGAAACUUGGUUAAGAGACUCAUGUGACCUUAGGGAAAUUAUAACAGCAACCUUACAGUAUAAAAAAAGAUGCAUCACAGCAGAGAAAUUAAGGCCCCAUUGAAAUAAAAUGUAAAAUGUAAAUGCAUGUAGAUGCACACUUAUUGCUUCUUUUUAUGUAUUAUUUAGUGACUUUAAUGGUAUGUGUUUAAUAUUUUUGCUACCUACACAUUAGGCAGAAGAGAUGUAAAUAAUUUCAAAGAGGAAGAACAGUGUAAAAUACAACUUUCUAUAGGUACUCCAUUUCAAUGUGUUGAACAUCACCUUAAAAUGCAAGAUUUUCCCACACAGGUGACAAGGUGGUUUAUGUACUUAUAUUUAAGGGCAGAAGGUUUGUGCCCAUUCAACAAGCAUGCUUUUUGCCAGGUAGUAAAUAUGUUCCAUAUCUGUAUUUAUCAUUGCAUUUCAGAUGGGAACUAGAAAACUGGAGAGAAAAAAAUGUAAUGAAACUGCUGCUGUAAAUUAUUCCUUUUAGCAUGUAUUCAGUUGCUAAAUACACAUUUCUUCAAAAUAUUUGAAUUCAGAUGUCUUUACUGUUCCCUGUAACAUAUGGUGUUAAGGAACAUAAGCUUAGGAAAUUCUGAAAAACAGAGUCAGGUUGCUACAUAAUUAGCUAACAGAUUUCUUCAUUGUAGUCAUAUGUAAACUAGAUUCUAUAUUUAUGAUGAUGAUGUGAACUUUUAUGACCUUUAAAUUAAAUAUUUUUCUUUUUGAUGUCAUACUUAAAAAAAUAUGGGGAUGAAAUUCUACAAUGUGUCAUUACCAUCAUCAGUUUGGUUUCAUUCCAGAUCUAUAAAGAUGGCAGGUGAUUGUUAUUGAUAUUGCCUAUUCUGAAAUUCAUAGGCAAGCAUUUUAUUAAUAUGGAAGGAAUCAGUAUAACAUUUGGAUAUCUUUGGCUUACAAAUUCAUUUUUAAGCACAAUUUCCAUUUAGUCCACAUCUAUCCAGUUUCAUGACUUCAAAGACACACUCACUAAUAAGUAGGAUUCAACAUCACCUUUUUGUAUAAUAACAUGUUAGAUAUAAACUGGCCCAAUGCCAAAGACACUGUGUUUUCAUUUUAAUUUAUCUUAAUAAUUAUUUAAAAUCAAUGUCAAUGUUUAGAAAAUACAAAUUUCCAUAAAGAGGAAAGCAUUAUAUUUCAAAGCAAUUGCAAAAUCCUAUUAGUUUGUUUGAUUUCUAACAAUUUCUUUAUACUAGUUAAUUAUAGAAAUAUAUAUUUUUAAGUUAGUAGGUUAUGAGGACCCCAAAAUGAAAUAGAGAAGAAAGAUGCAAAAAUGGGAUUCAUGUAGUAAGACCAUUUUCAUAAUCAACCUAACCAAAGAAAACACCAUUUCAAACAUACAGGCAAAUCACAGUCAGAGGGAAAGGAACCAAAUCAAAUCAAAUAGUACAAUAACAGCAACAAAUAGAUGAAUUUGAAUAUGAAGAAAAUGGACUUCUAGACACUUUGUCCUUUGGAACCAGAUUUCUACCUGCUCAAGUGUCACUGAGAGCUUGACUACCAAUUCUGUGCUGGUGGCCUAUUAAGUAAUGUGGGUACUGCAUGAAAUAGGAACCCUAUCCUCCAAGAGCUCACUGUGAGAUGAAUUACCACCAUUGUAUCUGGCAAGCUUAUUCUGAUCUUCCUGUCCCUAGAACACAUUAACCACCUUCUCUGUGCUAAAUUUGUGCCUGGUAUGUUUCUUUUAUUAACUCACUUGUCACAUGAGUGUGAUUUUUUUUUUUUUCACAUUCUUGAAUCCCUUUUCAGACUGUGAGAUCCCUGAGAAUAGGGAACAGGGUUUGUAUCCAGUUCAGUUCUUCCCUAGAGCCUAGCAUGAUGGCAAAUACAGAAAGGAGCUCAGUGCAUCACUGGUGGAAAGAACUAGGUUACAUAUAAGGUGGUAGGGUUCCCACUUGAAGUUCAUGAUAAGCAUGCUAUGAGUUCAAAGAGGAGGGAGGCAUUAGUGUGAGAAGGGAGAUCACGGAGCACUUCAGACAAAAGGUGAUAUCUAAACUGUGAAUUGAGACAUAAGUCAGAUUUGCCUAGAUGGAGAAAGAGAGAAGGGCAGUCUGGGUAGAGAAAAUAGGAGUAUGAAAGAGAGGUGUAAAAAGUGCUUUAAAAAAAAAUCUGGGAAUUAGUACUCUAAAUAAAUAGAGCACAUGGUUCAAAAAGAAAAGUAAACAGCCCACUACUUUGAGUCAAAAUGAUGUACUCAUUUAUUUUUUUCAUGGAUUGUGGUUUAUCACUUCUUACUUAUAGUCCAUAUACUCAUCCCAGGCAGGUGAUGUUAUAUGUCAUACAUUGUACCUCCUACCCCACCCACACUCUCCUUAUUGUUCCUAUUAAUAUUGACCUCACUUAUGUUUACUCAGCUGUAGCCAAAAUACUGGGCAGUGUUCCUAUAGCCAUCUUCCAUCUAGUCUUUGUGCCACAGUUUUUUCUCUAGUUCAACCCACCACACUUAGCUCGAGUUUGGAAUAACACAAAUGAACGGCUUGGAGAUGCUGUCUUAUCUGUUGACCUCUCUGUGCUUAAACACAAUUCAAACAGAAACUUAUGUUACAUUUCACCUACCUCACUCACCUAGUGUUAGAGUACACUUCCUGGGGUUCCAACAUCUCCUUAUCAAUUAGCAAUGAGAAUUCCACAAAAUAGUAUUAAAAUAUGAAGCCUGUAUUUAUUCAAAGAAUACUGUAGAUGGAGUAACUUGUGGCUAAACAAUGCUACAGGUGAGAUUAGCACACACAGUUGACUGGCAAAGUUUCCUAUUUUUUUUUUUAAUGAAAACAAAAGAGAUGAGGCCUAGCUUUGUCUUGAAUCUGUCACCAUUACAUUAAACUGUCAAGUAUUUUCUCAUAUAACAAAGGCAUGUAUUUUAUUUCUCUUAAUCUAAACAAUAUACUUGUAGAUACAAUGUUUAUUUAUAUAGUACCUAAGCAAAAGUUCUCAUAAAUGUGUUCAAGUCAUCACAACUGGGGUAAUUUUGAAGUCUCAACUUCCAUCUUUUCUCUGUAUAUCUCACUGGAGCAUUAGACCUCAAGUAAAUACAUUUUGUAAAUCCA